AUGGCGGGCAAUGGAAGAGUCACAAAACGGUCCUCAAAUGCCUACAUCCUGGAACUGCAGCAGAAGAUUGCGCGUAUAGAGCAGAACGAGAAGGGCCAAGUGAGCCCUUUCAGCUCGAAUUUCGAUACUCAAAUCGAUCCCAAAGAUCCCCAAGAUGUACCUCCGUUGGAGAGGACUACUACCCCGGAGGAUCAUGAUGAAGCUCAGGAUCUGGAGGAUCUAGACUCGGGGCUAGCCAACCCGUUAUCAUCCGGUCCUCCUACUUUCAUGUCUGCAGCGAAUGGCCGCACAUUCUAUCUUGGAACAUCAUCCAACUGGUCAUUCACUCGGCGAGUUCUCAGUUUGGCACAUCAGCACCUCUAUCAGGAUGCACUACCCACGGAAACUUUGAUAUUUGAUGAAACGACCUAUGAACUCGGGUGGGACGGGUUACGAACAACUCCGGGCCCAGAUGUUCCAGUUGUCCCGACUCGCGACCACACAAUGUAUCUGAUCAACGCCGUGCAAUUCAGGUGCGGGCAGUUGUAUCACCUUUUCGACGAAGAUGAGUUCAUGAGCUCGUUGCAGAAAUUUUACACUGGAGAUGGACAAUCUAUGACAAACACUUUGUGGUACAUCCAUUUUCUCCUUAUCCUGGCCUUUGGGAAAGGGUUCGUUCAGCCCAAGGCCCAAGGCAAAAAGCCACCAGGGGUGUGCUAUUUCGUCAAAGCUUUGCAGCUUUUGCCUGACCCGACUGCUCUAUACCGGGACCCUAUGCUCGGAACAGAAAUUUUAUGUUGCAUCGCUCUAUACUACCAGUGUGUCGACUAUCGAACAUCAGCACAUAACUACAUCGGUCAAGCAAUCCGAAUCGCUAUGGCACAAGGAAUGCACACCAGUAUGCCAGUCGAAGAUUUGGGACAUGACAUGGUCCAAAGAUCCGGCAAAAUCUGGUGGACUAUAUAUAUACUGGAUCGAGAAAUGACAUCGUUAAUGGGUCUGCCUCAAUCAAUCAAUGACCGAUAUGUGCAAACCCAGCUCCCCACCUUUGCAGACCCAUCGGAGACCAUGUCAUUAGGCAUGCACAUCAAGUUGUCUCAGAUCAUUGCCGAAGUGAACAGCACUAUAUAUGUUGUCAAUGGGCGCAUCAACCGGACAUUUCUGGUUAGCACAAAAGCAGCAUUGGCGAAUAUCGCAGGGCUUGCCGAUGAGCUUCGCGAGUCAUUCCCGCUACACUUGGAUCCAGGCAGCGGAGUUUCUCGCAUAUCAGCAUAUUUACAUCUCCAAUAUCACCAGUGUAUCAUCCUAGCCACCCGGCCUCUCCUAUUCUGCUUUCUUAAAAUCCGCUUCGAAUCCCCCCAAAGCUGUGUGGAAUCUCUCAAUGCCUCCCGAAACGUCCGGAAUCUGAUGCAAAUGUGUCUUGAAUCCGCUCAGCACAUCAUCAGCAUUCUCUCCAGUCUACAGAGUCAAGGCCUCUUAGAAAACUUCCUCCCCUUUGAUCUAGAAUCAGUCUUCGUAUCCACAAUCAUCCUCCUCAUGGGCCCGGCCAUCGACCCACGUGUACUAGAAAGCCACCCCAACUGGCUGGAGAAAGCAUAUUCCAUCUUUGACGAAAUGAUCAGAGACGGCAACCAAGUUGCCAAAUUCCGGCGAUCCGAGCUCCAGCAGCUACAUGAGACAUUAAUAGGCUGUAUCUCUAGCGAUCAGCCCCGACCCUUGCCAGUCUCUGAAUUCUUCCAGCAGGCUAAUGUUCUUCCCCACCCGACUUCCCCUUCUGCAACACCGGUUCCUGGUGCUAUACCUCAGUGUGUUCGAUACGAUGAUGCGCUUCUGAGGCCGGAUCCUGAUUUCGAUGUGGAGUGUGAUUUUAGUACGAUGCUGACUUCGGCUGAGAUCAUGGCUGUUGCAGACUCGAUUGAGAGUUAUGAUACUGAGUGGGUGUCAAAUGCAAUGAUUGAGCAUAGAAUAUGGUAG